GUGUUGGCGGAUGACGCACCGACAAACGAACAGGGUGAUGCCAAGGUCCCCACUGUAAAGGGAACCAUAUUUGUCAGUGGGUUGAAAGCGGACACAACCAGAGACGAUUUUUUGACUUACUUCUCCAAAUUUGGCGAAGUAAAGAAGGUCAAAAUAAAAGUUGACAAGUCUAUGGGCGAGUCUCGUGGCUUCGGUUUAGUCCGCUUCUCGGACAAAAGGACUUUGCAGAGUGGCGUUCUCGAGGCCUGUCAUUUCCUUGGUGGCCGUCGCCUCAACGUCCGGCCAGCUAUUCCGCUUAAAAAGCUAACUGAAUACAGUCUCUAUGAGUACUUCUCCCAAUUCGGAAUUGUCACGGAUGUUGGCGUUUCGAUGGCAGACAAGUUCGAUGGUCGUGGUUUCGUCGAUUUCCGUGACAUGAAUUCAGCAAGAAAGGUGCUUGAGUCCCAGCCACACAAAUUUAAUGAGAACAAAAUCACCGCAACUCUAACCAAGCAACCCGGAUCUGAAGAUUCAGGGUAA